AUGUUAGUUGAAAAGACAUCAGACACGAGAACUGCGAAACCCAUGAUGCCCAUACCCAUAACUGCUCUUUAUAAGGAACAGAAAUCAACCAGCUCCUCUACCGCUCGAUCUCCAGAUGAAAGGUUUGAACGAAAACUAUUUCGAUAUAAUGCAGAGGAUAAACGACCAGCAAAGCACAAACCAGUUUACGAGCAUCGGCAAAAGGCUAAAAAAAUGGAGCAGAAAACGCCAGACUCUGAUUCGCUAAAAACAGCGCGCGACAUAUCUACAAUAAGUCCUUCGGAAGCGAAGAAAUACUCGUUCCUGAACAAAAAGGAGGAUAACACCGUGUACGAGAUAUCUGAAAUCUCUGACUUUGAUCUUUAUGCAACCAAAAAGAAGCAACCGCAACCGGAUCUCAAGAAAUUGGAAGCAUAUUUUGCUCUGCCUCAACCAGCUGAAGCUAAGAGCAAAUCGAAGGAAUCUACAGAAUCAGGGAAAAAAUCAAGAUCCAAAACUGGUGGAGUACAAGUUAGGCAACUGCGUACAGCUAGAAAAGGAGGAAAUACGCAAGACGACAAGUCGUCGAAAAGGAAACUCCUCAAGAAAGUCAAAGCACGUGCUAUCAAAAGCGCUAGGAGUAUAUCUAGGCGCGAACUUGCAACGUCACCGAAAAGUACCAAGAAGAAAUCAAAGGAGAGCCUUACACCUGUUAGCAAAAAAAUAAGUGCAACUAACUUACUAUUGCACAAAUUUUUGCGCAAGAAAGAAGUCAGUGUACGUCAGGAAAAGGCCGAGACCCCGAGAAAGACUUCUCAAAGGACGUCGUGACAUAUCAUGCUU